CUUGUGGCUCAAUUAGGAGGCUUCCAAAGGGUCAAAUCAGGAGGAACAAUUUUAGUCCCCUCAGAAGCACUCAGUAUUGACUUCAGACCAUGUAAAAUCACAGAUCUUCAAGCAACAAUAGUUAAAAAUAGAAUUAAGCUGGAAUGGACAGCGCCAGGAGGAGACUAUGAUCAAGGCAAAGCUUCGCACUAUGAAAUGAGAAUAAGUGACAACCUGCUGCAACUUAGAGACAACUUCUUCAAUGUUAAUCUGGUUAAUUUGACCAGUAUGAAACCACGAUCAUUUGGUUCCAGAGAAACAGCCACAAUUGUUCUCGAACAUAGAGAACUGCAAAACGGGGCAACUCUGUAUUUUGCUGUCCGUGCAUAUGAUGAAAAUCGGCGGGUUUCUGAAAUGUCAAAUGUGGCCAAAGCUUCUGUCUUUGUACCUUUAAUUGAGCACCCAAAUGAUGUUAACAUAUCAGUGAUAGUUUCAAUUGUAACCAUUGCUAUAUUUAUUGUAUGCUUGAUUAUUUUGAUCACAAAUUGUGUUCUGAAUAGUGUUAGCCAAAAGAGAAUUUUGGCAGAUGAAGAGUAAUAAAUUAAAAUCUAAUGCAAAAGUUAACAGACCUAAUUAAAGAGAUUUAAAAUGGUAAUAAAACCAAAUUAUACACCAAUGGGUUUGGAGGGGAAGGUUCAAAGGCAGUUUUCUUGCUAUUUGUUGUAACUUCAGUACUUUACCCAUGCAUAUCCAAGGACGAUGUUAUAAGAUGUACUUAAAUACUUUCUAGGUUUCAUUGACUUUAGAGUUAUAACAUAAUUUAGCAUGGAAUCAGGCCUUUUGAUCCAACUCUUCCAUGCCAACCGCAAUGCUCCUCUACGCUAUUCCCAUUUGCUCGCAUAUCGCUCUCACCUUACCUAUCCGUGUACCUGUCCAAAUGUUGUUAUAGUACCUGCCUCAACCUCGUCCUCA